AUGGCUGCCCCGUGGACACCAACCUUGCUGGGGCCGGUGGCUGGCCGCAGGUUCCUGGCGAUCGGAGAGCGAAAAACAGGGCUGUGUUUGUUUGCUUCCUUCGGCGGUAAAGGAGCAAAUGCAAUCUGUAGCCCAAAGGGCUCUUUCUUACGCAUUGUUCUUUUUCUCCUGCAGGAAACUCACAAAGUUUAUAGGCAGAAACUUGAAGAAGUCACUAGCUUGCAGACAGCCUGCAGCAGCUCCAUACACAAACAGAAGAAGACAUUAAAAGAUCUGAAGUACCACCUGCAACGGUGCAAGCCAAGAGCGAGUCCUGAAGAAUUUGCUCUCAUACAGCAAAUCAGCAGCCAGAUCAAAGAGAGGCAAAAUGUUUUCUUUGACAUGGAAGCCUACUUGCCAAAGAAGAAUGGUUUGUACUUAAAUCUGGUGUUGGGAAACGUGAACGUAACUCUUCUAAGUAACCAAGCAAAGUUUGCCUACAAAGAUGAAUAUGAAAAGUUCAAACUUUAUCUGACAAUAAUCUUGUUACUCGGGGCUGUGGCCUGCAGGUUUAUCCUGCACUACAGGGUGACAGAUGAAGUGUUUAACUUUCUAUUAGUGUGGUAUUACUGCACGCUGACGAUACGGGAGAGUAUUCUCAUUAGCAAUGGAUCCAGGAUCAAAGGCUGGUGGGUGUCUCACCACUAUGUCUCCACGUUUCUGUCUGGAGUGAUGUUAACGUGGCCAGAUGGACUCAUGUAUCAAAUGUUUCGCAGUCAAUUUUUAGCGUUUUCAAUAUUUCAGAGUUGUGUUCAGUUCCUCCAGUAUUACUAUCAGAGGGGCUGCCUAUAUAGACUCCGUGCUUUAGGGGAGAGAAACCACUUGGACCUUACAGUGGAAGGAUUUCAGUCCUGGAUGUGGCGGGGGCUGACGUUUCUCCUUCCCUUCUUGUUCUUUGGGCAUUUUUGGCAGCUAUAUAAUGCAAUCACACUCUUUGGAUUGUCAAGGCAUAAGGAGUGCAAAGAAUGGCAGGUUUUUGUAUUGGCUUUCACAUUUCUGCUGCUCUUCCUUGGGAACUUCCUCACUACUCUCAAAGUGGUGCACACUAAACUCCAGAAAAACAAAGACAAAAUGAAGAAGCUGUGAACCAGCAGCAGUGUGAAGGAUGCUGACAUGGGAGCUCAUCUUCCCUCCAUCCGCAGCAGGCGCUCAGUGUUCAGACUGAACCUGUUGAACUGCAGCCGUGCUGUGAACAGGCCCUGGAAGGAAUCGUCUCAGUGUUUGGCGAAAGAUAUGAACUCUUCCAGCACAGACUCAGUAUUAUGCAAGCAUGGCUCUCCAGUCCGCACUUGUGCUAUUUAUGUAUAUUUAAUACAAAACAUGUUUGCUUUUUGGUUUUUCUGUAUGUACAGCAGCAUGCACCUGCCAGACGGAGUGCCAGUAUUUGGAGAACGUGGGAUCUACUGUAAUUCCAGUUCUGGAAUAAUCUCUAAUGCUUUCCUCUCCAGUUUUAUUAUUUAAAUUCUGGGUAUUGGAUUUGCAAAGCUUUAUAAACGCUCCAGGUCGAUCAGUAAUACAGACUGAAUGCCGUUUUUGCAGGCAUUUGUUUAAGGUGUAUUUUCAGUGGCAAUACUAACCUAUGUGUACUGUGAAAAAAAAAUCCCAUCUUUGAACCAUACUGCUGCUAUAUACGCUUUUAAAAAGCUAUUUAAUGAAGAGAAAUCCUCUUCUAAAAGCAACAACAACAACAAAACCCAGCAAGCAAAACUAGCUGUUACAUGGCAGGGAAGUCUGCUAACUCCCUUCCAGAGAGACCAAGUAAUCUGUCCAGGCCUGGAAGAGACCUAAAAUCACAUAAUAUGCAGCUGGUUCAGCCCCUUAUUAAUAACAAACACACUGCCCUUUGGGUUGGUACGUUUGUGGUUUUUUUUUUUUUUUUUUUUUUUUUUUUUUUUUUUUUUUUUUAGAUUCUGCUUUUCCUGAAAAUGGCCUUGAUCAGUGGCAUUAAGUGCAGCAGCCACUCCCCUUCAGUUUGUUUUCAGUAUUUUUUGCUCCCGGUGCCAUUCUGGAAAGGUGGUGAAGACAGGCUAAGCGUAAGUAUUAAAUACUUUCCUUAGAUACUGCAUUUUUGCCAUUAUGGGAUACCAGUUUGGCAAGAGUUAAGAGAAUGUAAACACUUGGUCAGAAGUUUGGCUGAGGAGAAAUAUUGACUCUCAUCCUUAACUCCUUUGUGCUUGAACUUAAAUUUACUCAUUCAAAUACAGCUUGUUUGGGUGUUUUAACAUCUGUACCUCCUAAACCCAGCUUCACUAUUGUGAGCUGCUUUAUGCAGCAUAUUUCUCAACUGUAAAGAUUUUCUUUGUGCUAGCACAGUGUCCAGAUUGGGCAAAUGGCUUUGGCAGACCAUGAUUGGAAAAUUAUGCCCUUCUCCCAGUUAGUGUGCUCACAAAGAAAUAUAUAUGCACUGUAGACUUCAAAUGGUUUCAUCAAUUAUCUUGUUGCUGCAAGGCUAGCAAAAUUACCUUUACAGUGUUGCUGUCCUGUGGGCAUGAACAAUAAAUUUCAAUUUGCAUAUUUUGAGCAAGUCUCACGCUAGCUGGGCUGUAUCUUGCUGUAUUAACUCUUGACUUUUGCACACCCUGUGAGGUCUUUUUGGAACUCUCCAUUUAUGAAAUGUAAAUUGCUUUAUUUUGAGAGUAAUGCUGGAACCUGCCGGAUCCCAACAGUGGGACUGGUGCUCCAGGGGUGAGGGAGCUCUGCGCAUGGUAACUUGAAUUCUGCAGUACGAGAGACUCGGGUUAUAGAAACAAGGAAAGAUUCCAGCCACGGAACUGAGUGCAAGCGCGGUAACUUUCUGUUAAGGUGUUUCCAUUACUUGCUGGGUAAGGUGACAUAGGGUUCUGUAUCUUUUUAGUGACAAAUGUCUUCCUGUGGAGAAAGGGCACAAUUCCUGAAAUUGAGGUUUUUCUGUAGUCAUCAAAGAGGUGCACAGACUAACAGUCUGUCAUGUAUUUUGUUUGUUUUGAUUUUCCAUUUUAAGCUCACAGGGAUUCACAAACCUUAAAUUAACUUGAAACAAGGUGAAGAAAAAAUAAAAAACGUCAAGGAUGAA